UCAAACGUUCAGUGCAGAUGGAACUCACCCUGGUUUACUAGUCCAUUCAUUGUUGUUGUACAAUCAUCUUCUUUAGCUCUAUAUUGAUAAUUAGCUUUUAGGAGACAAUGUAUCCGUUAAUGUUCACACUUACAGCCUUCUUACUAUGCAUUCGAGCUACAUUUGGAAAAACGGUGUCGGGAGUUUUCAAGAGCGAUGCAGCCAGGGAGCAGAAUGGACAGUACAUCACUAAAUUCAUGUACAGCGAGGGUAGUGGUCUGGUGGUGUGCAGGCUGGAGAACGCUCCCCUGGCCACGGAGAAGGAGUCCAGACUGCUGCUCUUCCCAGAGAUGGAGGAAGGCUUCGACAUCGACAACCUCAGCUGCCACGACCGCCUCUCCAAGGCACAUCUCUCCAUCCGUCUGAGUGAGGAGGAGCACAACCAGAGCAUCCCCCACCUUCACUCCCCCACGGCCUGGAUGGCCCUGUAUGCAGACCGUUACACCUGCGGGGAGGGGGGCAUCAUCCCUGCCCAAGGGGACCUGACCUUCACCAUCCUGCUGUUCAACCCUGACUCAGCAGGCAACCCCCUGGAACACUUCAGCGCUGAGGAGGCAGGCCUGCAUAGUUUCUACUGCCUGCUGAUCCUGGCCUACUUUGUGGCGUCCUGUAUCUACAUACAGCCUCUGUGGAUGGCCCUGAGGAAGGGUGGGCCCAUGCACACGGUGCUGAAGGUGCUCUCCACAGCCCUGGCCCUACAAGGGGUCUCUGCCCUCUUCAACUACAUCCACCUGGCCAGGUAUGCCAGGGACGGAGUGGGCAUUCCUAUCAUGGGCAGCUUGGCAGAGUUCUGUGACAUGGUGUCCCAGGUGUCCAUGCUGUACAUGCUGCUGAGUCUGUGUGUGGGCUGGACCCUGAGCAAGAACAGGAAGCCCCAGAGCAGACCUCUGCAGUGGGACUCCUCCCCUGCCUCCAAAGCCCUCGCUAUGGGAGGGGUCGCCACACAGGGGGCGCUGCUGCUGUGGGAGCAGUAUGAGGAGACGGAGCACCACAGCUACCACGCCCAGCGCAGCAUAGCGGGUCUGUUACUCAUAGCUCUACGUAUCAUCCUGGCCCUGCUGCUGGCCUCUGUGCUCUACACAAUCAUCAGCACAGAGAGGAGCGCCCUCAAGAGAGACUUCUACCUCAGCUUCGCCAAGGGUUGUUUUAUCUGGUUCCUGUGCCACCCUGUCCUGGUCCUUCUCUCUGUGGUCUUCAACGAGCAUCAGAGAGAAAAGGUGGUGACAAUCGGUGUGAUUAUAUGCCAGGCUAUCUCGGUGGUGAUCCUCUACCAGCUUUUCCUGUCCCGUAGCUUAUACUGGGAAGUAUCUUCUCUCUCCUCUGUCUCACUACCCCUCACCAUGUCCAGAGGGGGCCGGGGACGCUACUGACCCCGCGCGGAGUGGGAACAUUUUUACUGCGAAGGGAUACACUGUGACACCUGCAGUUAAAGGGACACACUUCCACUCCUCUCAGCUCACUCACGGCGAAGGUGCCCCCAACUGACGGGCGAGGAAAGAGAGGAGGAAGACAAGGGAGGAUGGGAUGAAGAGAAGGACGUAGGAAGUUCACCCACAAAUAUAGUAGAGAAAAGUAAUGACGGCCUGCUCAUGUAGCUGGACAGCACACUUAUGUAAUACACUCCCAAACAGGAUGAGGGAGAUCUGAGUUUAAGCGCACAUAAAAAAGUAUGUAUGUACAUUUUACUCAUUUGUUAGCAUACAACUGAUGCAGACACAGGUAACUGUCAAAAUAAUGGAAACACUUGAGUAAAGGAGAGAUACAAAGUAUAUUGAAAGCAGGUGCUUCAACACAGGUGUGGUUCCUGGGUUAAUUAGGCAAUUCACAUCCCAUCUUACUUAGGGGUCAUGUAUACAAAUUCUGGCUGCUGUGGCCCCAUAGGAUGACAAUGCCCCCGUUCACAUGGCAUGAGUGGCCACUGAACAGUUUGAUGAGCAUGAAAACUAUGUAAACCAUAUGCCAUGGCCGUCUCAGUCACCAUAUCUCAACCCAAUUGAACACU